GAGGCGACUGUCGUGAGAGGACCCGGGCGAUCAGUUUUCAGCACCAAGGAUAUAGCCCACUUCGUUACGCUGUUCAAGGUAACACCAUGGGCAUAUUCGCACUUAUGGUCGUCACACUGGUAGUGUCGCAGUCAGGAGCGACACCUAGCAGUUCAGAGUGGAAGCGAAGUCUGUACCAUUUCGUCUCUCCCGAAGAAAGUGAUGGCUCAAACGAAUUUCCAAGUCACCAAAGAUUCACUCUACGUCCGGACAGCAGUGACGAAUCUGAAGCCGAGCGCGUCGACAGGAUGAGCCGUGCGGCGGCAGCCUCCUUGUUCCGGCCGCCCAACCGAUUCGGACGCUCGCCGGCAGUGUGGUUGGAUUCCCCCAACAGAUUUGGUCGGUCAGCCCGCUUUUCGGUACCCUUCGACAUACCUCGGAGAUUCGGAAGGGGUUUCUCGCUGGAUUCCGACGUCCCCAGGCGUUUCGGCAGAGCAGGAGAAGAGGAAACACCAAAGAGAAGUUGGUCGAUGCUGAGCUUUCAGCGUCCUUUCCGUUUCGGCAGGGCCAUCGCUACUAGUAAUGUGUAGCGGUAUAACAACUUUGCUCUUAAUCUAAGAGAACCAUUUUUGGCACCAAAUGUCUUGUUGAAAAUACCUCGUCUACUCAUGAACACUGGUUUGGUUACCUAAGAAAAUGGUUAGCUUGAAAAUUUACUGGUGUUGGUAGAAUGCACCCUGUAGCAAGAGUUAAGGUCGAGUCCAACACAGUGAAGAAGCAAUAGUAAGACAAUGAGUCCUCCUAAGAGGCCCACAGAAAUCUGUACUGCCCAUGUACUACAAUAACU